UAAACAGUGCAAUAAUUUAUGUUUUGUUUUGUAAAGUAUAAGAAAGUAUGAGAAAAUCGAGUGGUGGCCUUUUCAGUAAACUUACACCGACAAGAAAACUAAACAGAAAAAGCGCAAGUCGCCAAGAUCUACGUAGCUUGGGUGAAAAGGUAUCAUUAUCCAAAGUACUAGGCUUAACCACCACAAACACAAAUGGACUAGCUAGCAAUCCAGUAUCAGGUGUCGUCGCUUAUCCUGCUGGAUGUGUUAUUGUAUUGUACAACCCAAAAACGAAAAAACAAAGUCACAUAUUUAAUCCGGACAAGAAAACCAUCACAUGUCUUGCUUUUUCAAGUGAUGGAAGGUACUUAGUCUCAGGGGAGUCUGGGCAGCAACCGUCAGUGCGUGUAUGGGAAUUGGGUGAAUCAAUUGCACAAGUAGCUGAGUUAAGAGGGCAUAAAUCUGGCAUAACUUGUGUUGAAUUUUCACCGAAUCAAAAGCUUCUUGUCUCAAUUGGCGACCAACAUGACAUGCUUGUCAAUGUAUGGAAUUGGAAGCUUGGACAUACAGUUGCAUGCAACAAAUCUGGCUGUCGUGUCCGGGCUGUUUCAUUUGCAGAAGAUGGUCAGUACCUUGUUACAGUUGGUAAUAGACAUGUGAAGUUUUGGUACCUUGAUGCGGAGGCAUCAUCGAAGGGAAAUGUUCCAAUUACACCAAUCACUGGAAGGUCUGGUAUACUUGGAGAACAGCGUAAUAAUUGUUUCACUGAUGUCAUGUGUGGUCGUGGGAGAGGCUCGAAAUUCACAUUUUGCGUUACAAAAUCUGGAUUGUUGUGUAUGUUUAGUGAAAAAAGAAUUCUUGACAAAUGGGUAGAAUUAAAGGCUGGUAGUGCAAAUUGUUUAAUGGUUACUGAAGAAUAUAUAUUUUGCGGUUGCUCUAACGGCUUUGUACGUGUCUUCGACCCAACGAAUUUAAAAUUUAUUACUACCCUACCACGUCCACACAACCUCGGAGUAAACGUAUCUGAUGGAGUAACUCCAAAUGACCUCGUUAGUCCUGGUAAUACCAAACAUUGCCCUGAUCUUGUGGCCAUAUCUAUGGAUUUAGCACAUUUUAAGUUAACAAGCAUUUACAAUGAUCACAGUUUGUAUAUAUGGGAUGUGCAUGAUGUCAAAAAAGUUGGUAAAACCGCAUCAUUUCUCUAUCAUAGUGCGUGCAUAUGGGGUGUUGAGACAUACCCUGUAUUUGAUGAACACAGCUCUCCAUGUUUACCUUCUGGUUCAUUUUUGACUUGUUCAUCUGAUGAUACAAUACGAAUAUGGAAUUUAGAAUCAGGUUCUGUUACCAAUAAAGUUUACCCACGAAAUUUAUACAGCAAGGAAUUGCUAAAGGUUGUUUAUAUUGAUGAAGGAUUAACACAUCUCCAAGACACGUCCAUGGCUCCCUUCAGCAAAGAUUCUGACAGCAAAAAUGGGGUAAGAUGCAUGCAGAUUAGCCCAGAUGGUCAAGUUAUAGCUACCGGUGAUCGCUCAGGAAAUAUCAGGUUAUAUGAUAUGCAAUUUUUCGACGAGUUAAUUCGCAUUGAAGCACACGAAUCAGAAAUUCUUUGUGUUGAAUUUUCAACCCCUGAUUCAGGUUUUAAUUUAUUGGCAUCGUCAAGCCGUGAUCGACUUGUACAUAUUUUUGAUAUGAGAAACGAUUAUACCUUACUUCAAACUAUUGAUGACCACUCAUCUUCAAUUACAGCUGUUAGGUUUAAUUAUGACUUGGGCAUGUUGCAGUUGCUAAGUUGUGGUGCAGAUAAAGUUGUGAUGUUUCAUACUGCUCAGGUGAGUGAUAAUGGCAAUAUAAAUUUUAUCAGAAACACUAUCGUUCCUGGGAAAGCAACGCUUUAUGAUAUGGGGAUUGAACCGACCAGGAAAUAUGCUGCUACUGUUGGUCAAGAUAGAAAUUUAAGGAUCUAUGAUAUUCAAGGAGCAAAGCAGUUAUAUUGUUAUAAAGGAUCCAUCAGUGAGGAGGGGAAUUUGAUCAAGUUCCAACUUGAUUCAGCAGGUGUAUAUGCAGCUGUUAGCUGUUCAGACAAAACCAUUGGAAUUUUUGAUUUUGAACAUGGAGAGUGUGAAGCUGCAGUUUAUGGACAUUCAGAACUUGUCACUGGCUUAAAAUUCACAGCUGAUGGGGAGCAUAUGAUAUCUGUGUCUGGAGAUGGUUGCAUAUUCGUGUGGAAAUUACCAUCUAUUUUUACUGAGAAUAUUCAUAAUCGUUUGCAUGAUUUACAUCUUCCAAUCCCACAAAGUGUCAAUGAUGACAACAACGAUUUGAGAAGAAAGACGUUUGUUGUCCCAGCAUCACGUUCACUGGACUACUCUGAGCAAUUUUCUGAUGCGACACAAGUUAUAGAUAACGUUCCUGGGAAAUCACCGGUAGGAUAUCGAUUUAGCGUUGGUCAGUUACCAUUGUGGGCGCAAAAACAGAUUGGAGCAGGAGAUGACGUUAGCGGCGGGAAUAAAGGUUUGUCCCAGCCUCUUGGGCGUUGGGGAGAGAGAACAGAAGGAGGAGGCUUGACGACUGUGCAGGAGAUUGGGAACAAAAUUGAUUAUCGAAAAUAUUCAAAUUCUCAAGACUCCACAGAAUCCAUGGGUAGCGAUAAAAGUAAUUGUCACGAAGGCAAGGACGAUACACAAGCUGAUAUUAUCUAUCCACUGGUAACCGAUGACAGCCUACAAGCUGAGGCAGACAGAACGUUUCGUGUAACGGAAACACAACGCGACAGAACUUCAUCUCAUAAUCUGGCGGAACAGAGUGAAAUUGUAAAUGGUGUUAAUGGGAAUGGAUCUAAUAGUGAUGAAGACUCUCCCUCUGAAGGCGUUUUAAGUCCUGACGCGGAUAGUGAGGAUGAAGCUUUUUCACCUCUGGUGGAGCACUUUGAAAAGUUGGCCACGCCUGUGGCUGGAAGAUUGUUAUCGCGACAAAGAACAAAUUCAAGCGGGGAAAACGAUGUAGAAAAACCGUUUCAACCUGGCCAUCGUGCGAGUAUCUCUGCGAAAUUUUUGUCCCGAUCUCAGAGAAGUUCGAGAAAUUCUGCUUCCACCGUGACGGCUGAAGAUCAGAGAAAAAGAAUUGAAGCGCUCAAAGCCAGACUAAACAGUAACUCUACUAACAAAUCAACUAAUACCAGUCGUAGCAAGGGUACCAUCUUGCAACAUCAGAAAUCCGCAGACGAUCCUUUGCCAUCUAAACCCAAGGCUAGAGACACGAUUUCGUCGAAUUUAAAAAAAUCCAAGCUAAUGAGUAAAAGUUGUCAAAAUUUAUCUUUCGGUCAAGAGUUCGAUCAACAGCGAAGUAAUCACAUUAAAAACCAUAUUCUGUCAAGUCCAUCACUUAGUUCUGUUCAAGAUUUAGGUGCUUACGACCCGCGAAGAAGUAGCACUCCCUUGCACAAGAACCCUCCCAAUAGAGACGAUAAAAAUAAGAGGCGUUCCGCGUCUAAUGCGUGGGUGCGUGGUCCUGUCGUGUCACCGCUUGCAUCGCCGGUACGUUACAACCGAACGCAAUCUCAACAAGGAAAAGAUUCUCCAAGUAAACACAAUAAUAACCUAACCAGUAAAACUCGACACUCCUCCGAGAAUAUUUUAUCGGAGAAAUACAAUGACGGUGUGCCUAGAAGAUCUGAAAAUAAAAAUCGGCCACGACCGAAAUCGUUAAUGGUAGACGCGAAGGCGGAACGGGAAUUUUUCGAGCAGAUGAAAGCUGAGGAAGCCUCGCAUUCAGAUAACGAAAUUGAUAUAAAAAGCAAUUUACGCAAAUUUACGGACGCAAACGACACUCGACCGAGCCCAGAAUUAUCACCUGUACGUUCCCUUGUGCGUAAUUUCGAUAUAGAUGAACAAAUGGCCGGGAGACUAGACGCCACAUACGACAGUAAGGCCCCAAAUAUUGGCAAAAUGGCGGCGGAAAUUAAUUCAAACAUGACGUCACUUACUAUGCAAGCGCUUAAACAGCACGCAGAUGGAGAUGCUAGCGGUGAUGAACCUCACGCAGGAACAAGCAAGAGGUUGAUACAACUCUAUGAGUCAGGAGUGUUAAUGAACGGUAAUAUACAUCAAGAAUCUCCUCCUCCGAUGCGAAAAUCAUCUUCGUCACAUGACGAGAAUGAAAAUCACAUUAAUGACGACGUUCAACAAACCAACCUUCCAAAUGGUGUGGUGACGAUGGACGAUUGCCAAACCGCCAUGCGUAAUUUGGUUCAAUCAUACAGCGAAGCCACUCAGCUUCACACUAAGGUUCUAAACCAGCCUUCCACAGCGUUGCGAAAGGAGCUUCUUUCUCUGGUAUCAAGAACAUACUUAUCCAUUGAAAACAGUAUGAAUGCACAGCGAAAAUAUUUCGAAGGUAUAGACGACAUUUCGAAUCACAGUAAUGGUUUCGUUGAGUCUGAAACGUUCAAAGACCUCCAAAACACAUUGACUGUGACCACCGCUACUACGGGCGAUGGUUCCACCAUAGAGAUGUUUAAUUUGCUUGACAAGUAUUCAAACGUGCUUGUUGAUAUGAUAGCCUCUAAGAUGAAGAACAGAGAAACUCUAAUCGAGUAAGCAUGGUAUUUACGUCACAUCGCGUGUGCGGUAUCUGCGUGUUUAUGUUUUGACUCGAUCAGUCGCUCGAAAAGAGACACGUGUGUGCUCACAGAGAACAAUAUCUACACCUCCAAAAGAAAACUGCGGAUUCAGAGCAUUUAAAGAUAUUAUCAAAAAGACGCACAAUUAACCGUGCGUGUUUAUUUUUAAAACACGACGUGAUAGUUCUCAAUCAUUACGUCACAUGACCGGACAGAAUGUUGUGUACAUAUGUAAUCGAGUUAAUAAUUUACAGCGAGUUUAUUUAUUGUGGUUUUGUAAUUUGAUUGUGGAAAGUUUUUCAAGCAUUUACUAAGAGUUUUUACAACUAAUUUAUAACGAUGGAUGCACAAAAUAUUUUUUUAAUUUGUACUUUAAUACGUUUUAUUCAAGUGAAGGCCUUAUAAGUUUUUGUUAACUACUGACCAUAAAACUUCUGUGUUUUUUAAAAUUUAAAUUUAGAUCAAGCUAACUUCUUUUAAUACCUUAACCUUGUUUCCAGUUUUUUUAGUAUUUUUAUAGCUACGUGCACAUCGUGAUUUUUUAUAUCAAAAAACCGAAAAAUUUGAUUUGAAUUUAUUUCUCACCAUAUAAAAUGUAUAUUUGGGUUAUAUAAUUUUAAACCUCGUUUCCAGGGCUCUUUGUUUCUUCUUUUAUUGGUGAAACAAGAGACAAAGGACUCUGGGAAGGUUUUUUUUUGUUGAUUUUCUGUUGAUUGAUUUAUCUGUUUCACGUUGAUGAUGUAAUAAAAUUUUUAUCAGUAAACACUACUUGCCAUGCGCAAAAAAAUUA